CAUACAGCUUCAUGAAAGCCAACCAGAGAAGUACGGAGUGGUGGAGCCUCCAGCCAGCACCCUAACUGAAGAGAUGAAAACAGAACCUGAUGGAGAGAAAUGUGGACUAUCAGAACUAGUUAGAAACCGAGAUCAAGAUGGUGAUUUAGAAACAUCUAGUUAUGGUCAGCCCCUUUCUUCAGACUCCUAUCAAAGUGAGGCUGAAGACAGUGAUGAUGGCUGUAGCAAGACUAGAGAACCACAGUCAAGUUUGGACACAACAGACAACACUGAAAUAAAUCAUCAAAGAUCUCUUCAGAAGAAAACCAUCAAUUGCUUUGUCUGUGGUAAAGGGUUUUCUAGAAGAGGACGUAUGCUGAUACACAUGAAUGAACAUACAGGGGAGAAACCCUUUAGUUGCUCAGUCUGUGGUAAAGCGUUUUCUCGAAAAGAGUAUGUGCAAUCACAUAUGAGAAUUCAUACAGGGGAGAAGCCUUUUUCAUGCUCAGACUGCGGCAAAAGGUUCUCUCAAACAGCUAAUUUACGCACACAUAUGAGAAUACAUACAAGGGAGAAACCUUUUAGAUGCUCAGACUGUGGUAAAUCUUUUACUAGAAGAGCACACAUUAAUAAACACAUGAUAAUACAUACAGGGAAUAAACCAUUUUGUUGCUUUGUCUGUGGGAAGAGCUUUUCUUCAAGAGAAAAUAUGCAGAAUCACCUGAGCAUACAUACAGGAGAAAAACCUUUUAGUUGUCCAGUCUGUGGUAAAAAUUUUGCUAGAAAAUCAUAUAUGAAUUUACACAUGAGAAUACAUACAGAGAAGAAGCCUUGAUGAAUCUGGCGAAGGUUUUAGUCAGAAGGUCAGUCAGAGGAAACAUGACAUAUCACAGAGAACAAUACGAGAUUACUUGUCUCUUCUUGUGGAAACAAAAAAAAUAAUUUGUUCACGCUCCAUGAUCAGAUCAUCAUAUGAAUCUCUACAUUUGUUUCGAAAGUUGAUUAAUGUAUAUUGUCCCUUCCCAAUAAACGUUUAAAAAAUUG